AUGACAACGAUAGAGAAACUCGAAGAAUACCUCGAUGCGUUGGAAGAAUAUGUCUUUGCCUCUUUCGCCGCUACAGCUCCUACCCCUGGGAUUCGCGAGAGCAUUAAUCAAUUAUGGCUCGAUAUCGCACGAUAUGGGCCAACAAUACCAGCUUCUAUCAACGACGCUACAAUGAGCGUACGAAAGCGAAUUCCUGGACUAGGUGACUUCGAAAUUCCACCACCGCCUCCUCCGCCGCCACCAAUGAGCUGGGAAGAAAAGUCUAGGGAUUGGGUGGAGAAUCAUCCGUGGAUUGUUGGUGGUAUUAUUGUUGUAGGCUUGGGUGUUGGGACGGGGCUGCUGGCUGGCUAUCGCUACCAUAGAGCUGGAAGGAGAUCCCGAAGUCGACCAGAGCACAGUCAUAGCCGUCGUCAAGUCGUCGUCGUCCUCGGAGGUGACUCACCCUAUGGACUCCCGCUCAUCCUUAAUCUCGAAGCCAAAGGAUAUAUCGUGAUUACAAGUGUAUCCUCAAUGGAAUAUGUCGAAGACCUAGAACGAAAAUCCCAUGGAUUUGUACGUGCACUGGUUCUCGAUACGGCUCACAUCGAUACUGUCCCGGUUUUCCUUCGCUCAUUGGGUUCAACUUUGUCCCGUCACUUCCCAAUCAACGCCGCUGGUGAUCCUUAUGCUUCACCUUCUUCUCAUCCUUAUAUCCAUUCUAUCAUUUCGCUACUCACUCUACCACCUACUUCUCUGCGCCCCUCUGCUCCAUUCGAGCACAUAUCUCUUGUCGACACAUACCUUCCUUACAUAACCCAAACUCAGCUCACGCCCCUCCAAAUCAUCCAAUCCCUCCUUCCUCUUCUUCGUAACCCACACGUCCCUCAUUCCGAGCCGAAAUCAAUCAUCAUAUGUCUACCAGCUGCCGAAACUCGGGUUGGGUCGGCGUUUAGUGGUGUUCAAAGUAUGAGUGCAGUAGGAACACUUCGAGCUGCCGAGGUGUUGAGGAAGGAAAUCAGGGUAGCGGCGAGUACGGGAAAAUCCGGAGAGAUGAUGCGUGGUGUCAGAGUGGUCGUGGUGGACGUUGACAUCGAGGAAUCCAUGGGGAGUGAUACAUCUUCAUCUUCCUCAUCGGGUUCAGGCUCGAUACCGCCAGAUGCGUACAAAGCGAUGGAACACUGGACGGCGUCUGAGAAGCUUACGUAUGGUCCCGGAUUCAUAUCUUCCAUGACCGAAUCAUCAUCGUCGUCGUCAACGAGAACUCCACCUCAUAUUGGUACCUUUGUAUCUACCAUCCUUGGUGUUGUUAGCAAUGCCCGAUAUGGAUUCGGUUCGUAUUCAUACAGCGCAUUCGGUAUGCAACUUGGGGCCGGGAGGUUCUUGAGCUGGAUGAGAGGGGAUAGGUUGUUCGUUGGAUCUAGUGUUUAUUCCUCCACGUUUCGCCUACCGUUACGUAUCCUCACCAUGAUUCCCUCCGUUCUCCAUUCACUUCUGAACUCCUUAUCUCAACCAUUCGCGAGACGAAGGUCUCACUUUCUUCUACCAGCACCACCACCACAGCCAGUGUCAUCGGUACCAUCAGCAGAUCCUGUGGUUGCUUCUCAACUUGAUCAUCUCGGUGCUAAUCAACUUUCUAAUCCCGAAUUAUCCUCUGUCUCUACCUCCACCGCCUCUGCCUCUGCCUCUGCCUCUGCCUCUACAUCUUCUUUCGAUUCUUCAGCAAGUUUUGCUUCCGAAGCAGACGCGGACAUCGAGAGUAACGUCGGAGAAACUAUGGGCGAUAGUAUGGUUGAACACAGUUGGAUUGCCUUGCCCGUUCAGGGUGAGGGAAAAUAA